GGACAUGCACAAAGAAAAAUUAGCUAACUGAUGAGUUUCCAAGUCAAGCUCUAGUCGUUGUGAAGGAAAAUUCAAAAUGAUUUGGGAUAAUUGAACAAGCUGGAGUUCUUACGCUUAAAAUCCAAUGAAUUGCUGUUUUUAUUUAUACCGAAGCCAUUCUGCACAUCCAUUCAUCCAGCAAACACUUGAGUUAGAGAAAGAAGAGCACUCCUUGAUUUCAAAUUCUCAUUGGAGGACCCUGCGAAUCGUUUAUCUUCAUGGCUAGAUGACAACAAAUAUCGAAACUGUUGCGAUUGGCAAGGAGUGGGAUGUUCCGGUGAUUCAUCUCAUGUUAUCUCCAUAAACCUCCGCAACACAGACCUUGACGAUGUGCCACCACAGCCAAAUACUGCAUUGCGAGAUGGUGAUCAAAGGGAUCAUGAUACAGUUUAAGAAACUGUAUGCAUAUAGUUCUGGGAUUGAUCUAUCGUGUAACAAUCUUGAAGGCAAUAUCCCAGAAGAGAUUGGUCUACUGAAAGGGCUUUCCACACUUAAUUUAUCACACAAUUGCUUUUCCGGCGUUAUACCACAAAGUAUUGGAAGCAUGAAUGGUUUAGAAUCCUUGGAUUUGAGUUUCAACAAAUUAACUGGACUUAUCCCACACUCUUUACCAUCAAUGAAUUCUCUUGGGAGAUUGAACCUAUCUUACAAUAACUUGAGUGGUACGAUCCCAAGAGGACCACACUUUGAUACAUUGAGUGGAGAUGGUUCAGCAUAUCUCAAAAACAGUUUGUUGUGUGGCUUCUACACAAAUAAUACUUGCGAGGCUGAUCAGAGAACUGACGCUACUGAUGGGAAUUCUCCAAAUGAAGGUCAUGAAGAUGAUAAAGAGGAUGCAAAAGAUAAGUUGUUGCUGUAUGCUAUAGUUUCCUUGGGGUUUGCAGUUGGAUUUUGGGGUCUAUUCUUUGUUUUGCUUCUCAAGAAACAGAAAUGGUGGUUCCCGUAUUGGAGAUUAGUAGAUGUGGUUGCAGUGGGAGUCGCUAAUUGUAUGUGGAAAAAUUAAAUAUGGUCGUGUGCUAAAAUGUUAAUAAAUGAUACUAAAUCUUUUACCAUU